AUGCCGAGCAUUAUUCGCCCCCAUCUUGCCACGCGCACCGUUCCUCCAACGACCAAACAAGCCCUGGACUGGGCAGAUUUGGCUGUCGUCGAUCUCUCCAAGGCUGCAGACCCGGAUGGCCGUGCAGAAUUGACGGCACAAGUCUGUGAAGCGAUGCGGACGCAGGGAUUCUUCUACGUUGUCAACCAUGGCUGGACUCCCGAGCAGACCGCGAGGGCGUUCGACAUUGCUGAGUUUGCUUUCAGUGGUGUCUCUGCAAAGGAUAAACAGGCUUACGCGGCCACGAUGAAGACGACCGGCUCGUUUCAAGGAUACAAGCCCCGCCAAUAUUGGCAUAUUGACAACGGUAUCAAUGACCAAAUUGACACAUUCAACAUAAAUCGUGAUGUUACGCUCCGGGAGCAGCCUGAGGCUCUUCGUCCAUUCCUCCCUGAGCUCGAUGCCUUGGCUCGGCAUACACAUUUCGACAUUCUCCAUCCUAUUCUGCGCAUGCUUGCUCAAGGCCUUGAGCUGGAAGAAGAGACAUUUGUAGAUCUUCAUCAGUUCAAGUCCGUUUCGGAGACCUACAUCAGAUUCAUGAAAUAUUACCCUCGGACUAUUGAAGAGGAGGAAAAGACCAAUAAUGUUUGGCUCAAGGGUCAUACGGACAUUGGUACUGUUACGAUUCUCUAUAGUCAGCCGAUAUCUGCGCUUCAGAUUCUUGGAAGGGACGGAAAAUGGCGCUGGAUCAAGCAUAUUGAGAACGCCAUGGUCAUCAACAUUGGAGAUGCGAUGGAGUUUCUCUCCGGCGGUUACUACAAAGCGACCAUCCACCGCGUUGUUCAGCCGCCCGAAGACCAACGUCUUCGCGAGCGGCUGGGAAUUUUCUACUUCGCCAUGGCUCACGAUGACACUCCUCUUAUACCGGUUCAAAAGAGCCCAGUCCUGGAACGUGUCGGUACCGAGAACCGCCAAGGCAUUCCACAAGACUCUGGUGGGUCUGUGAUCACGAUGGAAGCCUGGCGCAAAAGCAGGACGAGUGCAUAUGGACAGAGUCGGUUGACAGCGGCUCCAGGCGGGAAGAUUGAGGAGGAAACGGUCCAGGGCGUGUUAGUGCAACAUUUCAAUUGA